AUGGAACAUUUGCCGCCCGUGUGGCAGAUGUUGCGGCGAGACAGAAUCUGCUUCCCCAGAAAGGAGGUGCGUGAAGAGCCUUUAUCCUCUAGGAUAGAGAUGGUGAGUGUGGGAGUCAGUACAGAGCCCUGCCAUGCCAGGUGGGAGGUAGAGACAGAUGCAAUUGUCCUACAGCGGCGGCAAAAGCAGAUAGAUUAUGGCAAGCGCACACCUGGUUACCAGUGCUUUCUGCAGCAGGUCCCCAAGGCACAGCGACAGCCAGGACUUCACCCUCAAACACCAAACAAGAACAGGAGGUACAGCCGUCGCUCCUGGGAUGCCCAGAUCAGGCAGUGGAGAAGAGCCCUACAUUCCUGGGACCCCCCCAGCCAGCCUCUGCAGGCUGAGGGGUGGGGAAUGGACAAUCUCUUAGAGCCAAUGGAUUCUACCCCUUUGGAUGACUGGCACAAGACCCUGGAACCCUCAGAGAAUCUGGAUGGAGAACAGAAGGGAGCCCAGUUUGCAGGUUUGGUGGCUCCUGUCUCCUCCCUUCCCUGGUUCUGUGAGGAAGAUCCCCACCACUGGCUCUACCUUCUAGCUGAUCACAAUUACUUAUCUGUCCCAGACUUGAGUGGGACACAAAAUAUUUAGGGAAAACAUAUCUUUCACGGGACUCGUUGCUGAAUGUAAUAGUGAAGAUUACUUGCACUACUUCUACUUAACAAUCGAUUAAAAAAGAUCUAAAACUCUGUCCUACAAAGAGAUCAUAACACGAAGGCAUUGUUUAAAACCUCUC